GCAUUAGGUUCUUCCAUUCCAGCUCCCGUCCUGAAACUGUCAACAAUCAUCGCCCUCGAUCCGGUCCUCCAAACUCCGCUUCCGGUCUUCGAGCCCUGGCGGGACCUGUGGAGGCCCAUCUCAAGCAAUGCUCAGGUUCUGACGUAUAAAUGGCAGGGAAAGCACGACAGUGAAGAGCAGUACUUGCACACCCACCCCCAAUUCGUCUCGCUCGCCUCUCUUUGAAUCAUCGUACGCCAUGUCCGGAUACGGGAACGACAACUACGGCUCCUCCAACGACUCGUACGGUAGCUCCGACAACAGCUACGGUUCGUCCCGGAACGAUAACUCUGCGGCGAACAAUGCGUACGGCAGCAACAACGACUCUUAUGGGUCUAACAACAACAAUAACAACAACAACAGUAGUACCGACUCCUACGGUAGCGCCAACAACGACUCGUAUGGGAGCGGCGGCAACCGUAACGAUAACUCGUACGGCGGCAACAACGCCGACUCGUACUCCUCGUCCAACGACAACAACAACUCGUACGGCUCCUCGAAGCGCGACGCUACCAACGACAACUCGUACGGCUCGAGCAACUUGGGAUCCUCAAACAACGACAACUAUGGCGCCAACAACAACAGCAACAGCAACGAAAGCUACGGCUCGUCGAACAACUCGAACAGCUACGGGUCGAGCAACGACCCGAACGGCUCGAACGGCAACUCGUACGGCUCGAGCAACAACAACGACUCGUAUGCUUCGUCGAACAAAUCGGACAACUACGGUUCCUCCGACCGUGGAAACGACAACUCUUCGUCCGACUCGUACGGCUCCAACUCGAACACUGCCAACUCGAACACUACCAAUUCGAGCUCCAGCGGAACCGGCUCCGGAGACUGGGUGGAGAAGGGCGUCGAGUACGCCGCGCAGAAGGCGGGAUACAACCUGGAUUCAGACACGGCGAACUCGGUCGCGGGCCAGCUUCGUCAGGGCCUCAGCAAGUUCUCCGGUGGAAACUUCUGAACGCUAGCUCUUGCUUUCGGUGUAUCUGAGGUGUUCACUAAAGUUCACGAUGUAUGAAGGGCAAACGGACUCUAAAUGAAUAAGUCUAAUGACUCCCAUGUGCUGCCCAUCGUUGACCGGUCUGUCUGGCACUUUCUCGCAUCGUCCAUUUCCCUGCUGUAUGUUGAUGCCGAUGGAAAGGGUGAGCGGGAUCGUAUGGAUUUUUGGGAGGGAUGUUGAAGGAG